AUGUUAUGGAAAGGACGUUUGAAUUUCAAACAAUACAUACCGUCAAAACGACAUCGUUUCGGCGUGAAAUUAUUUAUAUUAUGCGACUGUCACACUGGUUUCAUUAUGAAUUUUAUUAUCUAUACGGGGCAACAGACGGAGGUUAAAUUGGACAAAGAACUAGGAAUGUCUGGUUCAAUUGUUAUGACUCUGAUGAAUAGCUAUUUAGACAAAGGUCAUGUAGUGUUCAUCGAUAAUUGGUACACAAGUCCUAUUCUAUUCGAAAAGCUACACUAUAGGCGAACAAGUGCUUGUGGAACUGCCAGAAGCAACAGAGCUGGUCUGCCUACAUUCCCUUCGAAGUUACAAAAAGAUAAACAAACGUUUCAACAUACAAAUAUAUUACUUGCAUUGAAAUGGCGUGAUAAGCGCGAUGUUCACAUGCUGUCUACAAUCCAUGUACCAGAUAUGGUACUAACUAAUAAAAUUGACCGUGUAACGAACAAACCAAUAGCAAAACCCCUUUGCAUCAAGGACUACAACGACAAUAUGGGCUUAGUGGAUAAGUCAGAUAUGCAAAUUAGCUUUUCAGAAUGUGUUCGCAAAACGAUCAAGUGGUAUAAGAAGCUCUUUUUCCAUCUGCUCGAUUUAUCGAUGUUAAAUGCUUACAUACUAUACAAGGAAAAGAAACACGUAACUCUUGAGUUCACUGAUUUUCGUCUACAAGUAAUUCGACAGAUCAUUGACAAAUAUGGUACUCAACGGAAUUCAAGAAGAGUUCGACCAUCUGCUGACAAACCAUUGCGACUGACGGCUCGUCAUUUUCCAUCACUAACCGGCGGAGGAUCACGAAGAUGCAUUGUCUGCAGUACGACUAGCAAACGACCAAAAAAACGUUCUCGUAUCAAGUAUGAAUGCUCAGAUUGUAAUGUAGGUUUAUGUGUUGCAAAUUGUUUUCGAGAAUAUCAUACAUUGCAAGCUUAUUAA